GUGACUAUUCAGUACACAUUUCGGUGAGAUGCAGUCUCAGAAGUCAAGACUAAACCUCAUCAUGAUCGUCGGUCUGUGCAUCGUCAGUAUGAUGAGGAUUAAAUCAGAAAGCUUCGUUCUCCAAAUGACACUUGGACCGAAUGAUGAAGUAAAUGUCAAAUUUGAUAAGAUCAAUUUCACUUUGGACAAACAACAUAACCUCACAGUUGAGGAUGUGAAAUGCACUUACAAUGUUCAAUUUGGCACAUCCCUGACGAAAGAGGAAUUGGAAACCAAAAGUGGAAAGCGUCUAGGUUCAAAGAAUUGUAAAAUGUUGACGUCAUCUAGCAAUUGAAGUUUGGUCGUGCGAAAAUCAGUUGUGGCAUAAUUAUUGAAACACUGAGACAAUAAUUCCACUGCGCUAUUUCAAAUGCUCUGCUCAGAUGUUACUAAAUGAAACACUCGAUCUUCUGAAUGAUGGUCAUUUUUCUUCCCCUUUCUGUAGAUUAGAUCUUUUCCAAUAAAUGUUUGUUCAAAAU